GGUACGGAUUGAAGCAAUAGAUGUUAGUCAACGUUAUCAUAAAACCAAGACGAAUGAGAUAAAAAUAAACUUGAUCUAUGCAAAAAUGCAAGCAGAAGUAAAUAGUAUAUUGGAGGAGUCACUGCAAAAAGCCAGAGAAUAUGACAGGAUUGGAAAUGUUGGGGAAGCUUUUGCAUAUUACAUUAUCUUUGCAAAACUGUCUGCAAGGAGAUCAGAAAUUGAAGAAACAUUUACAGAUGUGCUGUGUGAAUGGGGAAUGCAGUUAGCAAAUGACAACAAAUUUUCAGAUAUUGUAAGCUCCUACAAAUUUUCCUUGAAUAUUUAUCCAAAUAAUCCUCGUAUGCUAAAUAAUUUUGCAGCACAUUUGUUGAGGAAUAACCAUCCCAUAAGGGCAAUAGAAUAUUUAAAAAGAGCUUUGAAAGUUGAUGUUAACUUCCUACCGGCAGAGAGAAAUUUGCAAAAUGCAUAUAGUAUGGCAGUGGAUAGGUGGCAUUUCACAAUGCUUAAUGACAAGCAGAGAAACAAUGCUUUUGAGCGAGCCAUACGUAAGAGAGUCAAUCAGGGGUAUGAUACGGUAUUGGAUGUAGGGACGGGUACAGGUCUUUUGAGUCUAUACGCAAAGGAUGCUGGAGCCAAAAAGGUUUAUGCAUGUGAAUGCUCUGAAGCAAUGACACUGAUUGCGAAAGAAGUAUUUGAAUCUAACAAUGCAGGUGACAUAAAAUUAAUAUCGAAACUGUCGUUCGAUCUUAAAGUACCUAUGGAUAUUUCAGAAAGAGUAAAAUUAAUAGUGACUGAAACAUUUGAUGCUGGCUUAUUUGGAGAGCUUGUAAUACCAUCUAUGAUUAACGUACACAUGAAUAUUUUAGAUUUAAAUGGUAUGGUAAUACCUAUGGGCGCGACGGUUUACACAGCAGUUAUUGAAUGUGAAUACAUAAGAUACAGAUCGUCAGUGGUUUUUGACAAGAUAAAAGAGCACUGUCCUUUAAACUUUGAUAAUGUGUCUAUAUUGUCAGACGAUGAAUAUUAUGAUACAGAAAACCUAGAGAAAGUUCAAAUGAAUUACAUUACAGAGCCGCAGUUGCUUUUUAAUGUGAAUUUUAAUAAUCUAUUGGAAUUAUAUGAAUUCUGCAAAGAUGGAAUAAAGCAGAUGUUACAAACAAAAUGUAGAUACGAUGGUAUCAUAGAUGGUUUAAUUACUUGGUUCAAGUUACAUCUUGACGAGGAGGUCACACUGGAUUCUUCGGAUGGGAAAUCUUGUUGGCAAUUUGCUGUUUUCCCAACGGUGCCAACUGUAUGUCACGAAGGUGAUGUAUUGACGAUAAAAGCAGAAACUUUGAAGAGCAAACUGAAAUGUUCUUAUAGCACGAGUAAUGAACGUUAUAGUGAAAAUUGUACAACUUUGUAUCAUUUGCCAAAAGAAGUCAUUGCCUUUCUAAACGACUUCAAUUAUGUCAAAUUGCUCACAAAAAUUGGUAGAUCUCAAAAGAAUAGAAAAAUGAAAUAUAUUUUGGAUACUUCGCCUUUUCCAAUCUACGGAUUGAAUCUUUUAAAGGAAUGUAAAGAUAGUGAAAUUUUAUAUUACAAAACUGACAAUCCAACGCUACGUAUUCUAAUUGAACAAGUAGCCCGUGAUAGCGAGGUGCAAGAGAAAAUACAUAUGAUAUCAAGUUAUGAGGAAAUUCCAUAUUCUCUAGAUUCCAUAUUUGUUUACAAUUUUGAUAUUAAAGGUGAAUUAAAAGAUGACCAAGGUAGUUGUUAUGAAAUUGCCAGGAAUUUGCUUAAAACAAAUGGCGUAUUAUUGCCAGAGAAGAUUUUUCUUAUGGGACAGUUAGUAUACUCAAAGGAUUUACCAAAUAUGGUUUAUGUAAAAGAUGCAAAUCUUCAAAGAUCGUCUUCAUUUCACACUUCUACUGAUACGAGUUCAGACAGUGAAGAUGGUCUACAUAUGCGGGAAAAUAUAACCAAUAAAGUAAAUAAAAGUACAAAUUACAUAAUUGCUGAAUACAUUAAUAAAUAUAAGAUCAACCAAAUAUUUGAUUUGAAUUCAAGUUUAUAUUCAUGUGAAAUUAUGUCUGAGGUACGAACACUGAUAGAAAUAAAUGAAACAGAGACUACUGAAACAAUCGUGAAUUUUGGAGAAAUAAAUAAUAAAGAAGGGAAAAUUUUACCAAAUGCCUUAAUAUGUUGGUACAAGAUUCAACUCAGUCCACAUCAUGUACAUGAUACAAAGAAGGAUUCUUUCAUGAAUCAUACUGCAAUCAUUUUCGAGAAUGAAUUAAGAGACAUUAUUUUGAGAGAUAAGGAAGUAAAAAUUAAAGUCCAUCAAAUGAAAGGUUUGGUGAAAAUCACAAUAGUAAAUUUAUAAAA